CUAUACAUGAGUCAUUUUGUCCGGGAACACCCGUUGCCCCCGCCCCGCCUCUCGUCUCGACAGUGGUCGCGUUUUCUUCUCUGUCACUUUCAAGACAUUGCGCAACAACAUUUAGUGUCCAAUUUUCCUGUGGAAUUGCCUUACUAGUGGCAGUUCUAGUCAUUUCUAGGCUACGCUGCGUUACGUCUGCUGCCGAGCUCUAGUGUUGACAAGUAUUGAAGAUCUGCAACAUGUCUACUUGGCAACAAGCACCAGCGGGAUACCCCCCCUAUCCUGAUCAAGAUCCCAACAAACAGUACUACGGACAGCCAGCUCCUCCACCAGGCUACCCACCCCAGGCUCCGUACAACCCUGCGUACCCUCCAGUGCAGCCCCAGCCACCCCCAGCGUACGCAGGAUUUGUAGCACCACCUGGUGUUCCCCCUUACGGUCCGGGUCCAACCCCUCCUCAAACCAACAUGUACGGAGGAACCGGAGGCUAUGCGGAGGAUCCCUUGCAGGGGGAUCCUUACAGUUUCAGUGACCAGAGUAUCCGUCGUGGCUUCAUCAGGAAAGUCUACAGCAUUCUUAUGGCUCAGCUUGUGGUAACCACAAGCAUCAUCGCAAUUUUCACGUACCAUGAGCCCACUAAGACUUACGUUCGUCAAAAUAAAGCUGUGUUUUGGUCAUCAUUUGGCGUGAUGUUUGCUUGUCUCAUAUGUAUGGCAUGCUGCACCUCUGUCCGCCGCAAGGCUCCAAUGAACUUCAUCUUCCUUGGAAUAUUUACGCUCGCUGAGAGUUUCAUGCUUGGCUGCGCUGCCUCUUCAUUCAGAUCAGAGGAGGUUGUGAUGGCUGCAGGGUUUACUGCUGUUGUGUGCUUUGCACUUACCAUCUUUGCUCUUCAAACCAAGUGGGACUUCACUGUCCUUGGUGGAGCAUUGUUUGCCGGUGUCAUCAUUCUUUUGAUCUUUGGCAUUGUGGUGGCCUUCAUUCCUGGCAAGGCAGCAACGAUUGCAUAUGCAUCUUGUGGUGCCCUCUUGUUCUCGGUGUACCUCAUAUAUGACACUCAGAUGAUGAUGGGUGGAAAGCAUAAGUACAGUAUAUCUCCGGAGGAGUAUAUUUUUGCUGCUCUCAAUCUGUAUCUUGACAUCAUCAACAUCUUCAUCUACAUAUUGAGCAUCAUUGGAGCGUCUCGCGACUGAAUUCAUACCAAAGCCCUUUUCUGACUGCACCAGUGGAGUAGAGGAAUGGAGAAGUAAGUUCCGUUUGUUCCUUUAUUACAACUUUUGUUUUGCCUUUAUAUGUGAUAAUAUAAGAAGAUGAAUCUUCUGUAAACGUAGCAAUUAAUCCUCUGUGUAGUAUGCAAAACGUGUUCACCAAGGACAGAAAGUAAAACUGACUGUUUUAAUCAGAUACAGUUGUUUAGUUUAUUUCUUUUGCCAUGUAAAAUGCAACUCUUAAUCAAAUUCAGUCUUUGUCCAAGUGCACAUUUUAGGUACUGAUACGUAAAGGCCGCUAGAUGAAUUGUAUUGUUAAAAAUUUUCCACACUGAGCCCCCAGGACAUUUCUGUACAAUGACUCAUCUUGGGAGUGUGUGUUGGCUUAUGUACUAUAAUUGUUUUUCAAUUGUGUACAAGCCCUGGAGGCACUGGAAUAGGCUUAUUUUAAUUUUGGAAUGAAGAUAGGCCAUUUUAGUGGAAAUGUCUUGGGCUGUUAUUGUUGAAGAUGCUGUGAUUUAUGAACUGAUAUUGACCCUUGGUACCUGGUGCAGUUAUAUUUAGGUUUCUAUGACUAGUCUGUUCAAACAAAUUUGAUUUCACUUUGAACGUCAGGUAAAAUUCUGAUCCAGCAUUUAUUAGUAUUAGUAUGUUCGUUUCACCUUAUUUUGGGCUUUAUGAAAUGUAACACAACUUUAUGUGGGACUUUCAAAAAAUGAAUAAAAUUAUUUCUCUCAUUUUCAAGCUAAUUGACUCCCAUUCAAUGUGUUGCUUGAUUACAAGUUUGAGUAUUAAGCUAUCUAUUGUAUAAAUAUAAUCUUUUCGUCCAUUAAUUGCAGCAGCUAUAAGGAAACUAAAAUAUUUUGCUUAACUUGGCAUUCAUUUCCAUUUUCACUAGUUUAUGUAUUCUGACCCUGUUAAUGUAGGUAUUCUAUAUUGUCAUAAUUUCUUUAUGUGUGGUUAGGCUCUUAAUUUAAAACCUAUAAAGUUGGUCAAAAUUUUUCGUUCUCAUUUUCAUUUACUAGUAUUUGAACCCUCUUCUAGUAGAUUUCAUAUCAUCUCUCAUAUUCUCUAAGGUGUGUCUGAGGGGGACUGUUUUAUAUGUUAGCGUUUUUUGUGUGAGGUUUUUCUCAGGCUAUUAUGUGCUGGUACACUUUUACCCUAUGCUAACAUUCAUUUGUAUCACAAAGGGAUACUUGAUUGUUAUUUUGAACUUUGAUGACAGCCCAUUUAUCGUGGAUCAGUUAGGCUAUAACCAUACAAGUAUGGUAACUUUUCAUUCAUUCUAUUACAAUGAACCACUCGUUUUAAUUGUGUUAAGUGUCAGUGUCAUUGUUAAGUUAUUUCUGCAAGUGCCCUAUUUAUAUUAUUACUAUUACUGUAUUCUUAUUAUUCGUUGAAAAUCAUUCCCACUUGAGUUCUUAAGAGACUCUUAACAACUCUGGUUUCUGCAAUAUAAGGCUCAAUGUACACAUGGAAUGGCAGUUUGAAUGUUUUAGAUUAGAAAUUAUUGCAUUAAGCUUUUUUUUUUGUUCCAAGUUGGGUGAUAAACUCUGGAAAAUUGAAGACAGUGCAUAAAAAUUACAAUGAUUUUUUUUCUCACAAUGAUUGCUUUUUGUUUAGGUAUUUGUUAAGUUUUGUUUUGUGUGCAAGGCUGCUCACUGUGUUAAAAUUUUCUCAAGGCUCUUGGUUGGAAAGUGCAUUAAGGUGUAAGCUGUAGCCUCCACAAUUUACACCCACUGCAAUAUUGCUUGAGAGUCUAUUUUGAAAGCAGCCUCAACCAACCUGGCUGGUUUUUUUGUAACUUAUGGCUACUGUGAAUGUUUAUUCUAUGGCAUAUUAAAUCUUAUUGAUGAAACAA